UCAAUUGGGCUGGAGGUUCUGUAAGACCCGCCCUAUGUGCUCGACAGUUUGUAUGUGCGUUUAUAUAUAUAACAGUGCAGGUCUGGCAUACCAACUCUGGUGUCCACACUUUGACGAGACAGAGGGAGGAAGGAAGGACACACAGUGUGACACGCGAAGCCAUCUCCCAUCAUCCUCGGUUGAUAUUUGCCUUUCGGAUCUACAGUCGCACAAUAGAAAAUACGCAUUUACCAAGAUGCCCAAGCCACUGACAGACCAGGAUAAGAGGAAGCAGAUAUCGGUGCGGGGGCUUGCAGGAGUGGAAAAUGUUUCAGACCUUAAGACCAAUUUUAAUCGCCAUCUCCACUUUACUCUGGUAAAGGACCGAAAUGUGGCGACCAAACGGGACUACUACUUCGCCUUGGCCAACACUGUCCGCGACCAUCUGGUGGGCAGAUGGAUCAGGACGCAGCAGCACUACUAUGAGAAAGACCCCAAACGUGUGUAUUACCUGUCCCUUGAGUUCUACAUGGGGCGCACCCUGCAGAAUACAAUGGUGAACCUGGCUCUGGAGAACGCAUGCGACGAGGCUACCUAUCAGUUGGGCCUGGACAUGGAGGAGCUGCAGGACAUUGAGGAAGAUGCCGGCCUGGGAAAUGGUGGCCUUGGACGGCUCGCCGCCUGCUUCCUAGAUUCCAUGGCGUCUCUGGGACUGGCAGCUUACGGCUACGGCAUCCGCUAUGAGUUCGGCAUCUUCAACCAGAAAAUUGUGAAUGGCUGGCAGGUAGAGGAGGCUGACGAUUGGCUGCGCUACGGCAACCCCUGGGAGAAGGCCCGCCCUGAGUACAUGCGACCCGUCCACUUCUACGGCAGAGUGGAGCACACCCCCGAGGGUGUGAAAUGGGUCGACACACAGGUAGUGUUGGCCCUUCCUUAUGACACCCCAGUCCCUGGCUACAGGAACAACGUUGUGAACACCAUGAGACUGUGGUCUGCCAAGGCCCCCUGUGAUUUCAACCUGAAAGACUUCAAUGUGGGUGGCUAUAUUCAAGCUGUGCUGGACAGAAACUUGGCUGAGAACAUCUCCCGUGUUCUGUACCCCAAUGACAACUUCUUCGAGGGGAAGGAGCUUCGUCUGAAGCAGGAGUACUUUGUGGUGGCGGCCACUCUGCAGGACAUCGUCCGUCGCUUCAAGUCCUCCAAGUUCGGCUCCACUGAGGUUGUGCGCGUUGACCUGUCCACCCUACCUGACAAGGUGGCCAUCCAGCUGAACGACACCCACCCUGCCAUGGCCAUCCCUGAGCUGAUGAGGAUCUUGUUGGACACGGAGCACCAGAAAUGGGAGAAGGCCUGGGACAUCUGCACACGUACCUGUGCCUACACCAACCACACCGUCCUGCCUGAGGCUCUGGAGCGCUGGCCCACAGACCUGCUCCAGAACCUUCUGCCCAGACACCUGGAGAUCAUCUACGAGAUCAACCGACGUCACCUGGAGCGCAUCGCUAAGCUCUACCCCGGGGACCAAGAUCGUCUGCGCCGCAUGUCCCUGGUGGAGGAGGGCGACCAGAAGAAGAUCAACAUGGCCCACCUGUGCAUCGUGGGCUCCCACGCCGUCAACGGAGUGGCCCGCAUCCACUCGGACAUCCUCAAAGCAACCCUGUUCAAGGACUUCUACGAGGUGGACCCCCACAAGUUCCAGAACAAGACCAACGGGAUCACGCCCCGACGCUGGCUGGUCAUGUGCAACCCUGGGCUGGCUGAAGUCAUUGCAGAGAGGAUCGGUGAGGAUUACAUCCGCGAUCUGGACCAACUGAAGAAGUUGCUGGCGUUUGUGGAUGACGACUCUUUGAUUCAUGACAUCGCCAAGGUCAAACAGGAGAACAAGCUUAAGUUUUCUGCCUAUCUCGAGGAGCACUACAAGGUGAAGAUCAACCCCAACUCCAUGUUCGACGUUCAAGUCAAGAGGAUCCACGAGUACAAGAGGCAGCUGCUCAACUGCCUGCACAUCAUCACUCUCUACAACCGCAUCAAGAAGGAGCCCAACAAGAAUUGGACCCCCAGGACUAUCAUGAUUGGAGGAAAGGCUGCCCCUGGGUACCACACGGCAAAGCUGAUCAUUAGGCUGAUCACUGCCAUCGGAGAGAUUGUCAACCACGACACUGUGGUGGGAGACCGCCUCAAAGUCAUCUUCCUGGAGAACUACAAGGUCACUCUAGCAGAGAAAAUCAUCCCUGCGUCCGACCUGUCUGAGCAGAUCUCCACAGCUGGCACUGAGGCGUCUGGCACUGGCAACAUGAAGUUCAUGCUGAACGGAGCGCUCACCAUUGGCACCAUGGACGGAGCCAACGUAGAGAUGGCCGAGGAGGCCGGAGAAGAGAACCUCUUCAUCUUCGGCAUGAGGGUGGACGACGUGGAUGCCAUGGACAAGAGUGGAUAUGAUGCCAUGGACUACUACAACCGCAUUCCUGAGCUGAAGCAGGCCAUGGACCAGAUCGCUGGUGGAUUCUUUAGCCCCGACCAGCACGACCUCUUCAAGGACAUUGUCAACAUGCUGCUGCACCAUGACAGAUUCAAGGUGUUCGCUGACUACGAAGCUUACAUCAAAUGCCAAGAGAAAGUCAGUGCUCUCUACAAGAACCCUAAAGAAUGGACCAAGAUGGUGAUCCACAACAUUGCUGGUUGUGGUAAAUUCUCUAGCGACCGCACUAUCUCCCAGUACGCCCGGGAGAUCUGGGGCAUGGAGCCCAGCCUGGAAAGGAUCCCUGCCCCAGACGAUCCUCGCCAAUAAACCCCAGGCCUAAAACCAACCUCUGGUUUUUCCACAGCCCCGGCUUCUGGUUUUGCCUCUGGCUGUUCCACAAAAACCAUUUUAACUUGAGAAAUGGUUUAGAAACCUGAAAGCUCCCUGUAACUAGUACAUUUUCAUUGUGUCAUUUCAGUGUGGUCAGUAUUAGUUGAUGAUUGACUAUACAUGUAGCAAUCCCUGUCCGGCUACGUGUUGGCCAAUAACCUGAUACCACUUUCAACCUCGACAUUCAGCAUUCAUUUUCUCAAUGGGCUAAUACAAAAUCAGCAUUCACCUUCUCAAUGGGCUAAUACAAAAUCAACAUUCAUCUUCUCAAUGGGCGAAUUCAAAAUCAGCAUUCACCUUCUCAAUGGGCUAAUACAAAAUCAGCAUUCACCUUCUCAAUGGGCUAAUACAAAUCAGCAUUCACCUUCUCAAUGGGCUAAUACAAAUCAGCAUUCACCUUCUCAAUGGGCUAAUACAAAAUCAGCAUUCACCUUCUCAAUGGGCUAAUACAAAAUCAGCAUUCAUCUUAUCAAUGAGCUAAUACAAAAUCAGCAUUCAUCUUCUCAAUGGGCGAAUUCAAAAUCAGCAUUCACCUUCUCAAUGGGCUAAUACAAAUCAGCAUUCAUCUUCUCAAUGGGCGAAUUCAAAAUCAGCAUUCAUUUUCUCAAUGGGCGAAUUCAAAAUCAGCAUUCACCUUCUCAAUGGGCUACAAAUCAGCAUUCACCUUCUCAAUGGGCUAAUACAAAAUCAGCAUUCACCUUCUCAAUGGGCUAAUACAAAAUCAGCAUUCACCGUCUCAAUGGGUUAAUUCAAAAUCAGCAUUCACCUUCUCACAUGUACCAGCAAUGCAUAGUCAACUGGCUUGUGCAACAUGAAUAACAUGAAUAACACUGUUCACCAUCAUUUAAGCUAACAUGGUUAGAGAAUAGACCCUUUAACAGUCAGUGGGGCCAACAAGUAGCUGGAAACCUCACCACUGUCUAAUGGUACCAAAACCAUGUCUUCCAAGAAUGAGACAUGGUGGGACAUAGAGCCUUAUCAAAAUAAGCACGUUCUUCUCACAUAGACACUGUGAUUCUACACUACUGGUUCGGCCUGCCAAGGACCACCUCUUUACUCAUAUCUGCACCAAAUAACCACUCAAGUUGAAGGGACUUGGUUAACAUGCGUGAUCCUUGAUGUUAUAAAACUGUUUGCUCAAUGUAUGUCUGUAUGUCGAAUGUAGUAAUUUGUGCAUGUUAUUAAUGCUUGUGUUUUGGGUAGCCCACACACAAUCCUUAUUGCUGAAAUACUUUCUGCUAUAAGCUGCGUUUUGUUUAGAAUGAUCCCAUCAGUAGAUCCUCAAAACGUUGUUCCAGUGUUGGAAAAUGAUCCUUCAUAUAGUCCAACAAACUAAGCCUUCUCUCCUCCACCUUCUCUGCCUAAUACCUCUCUGAGUGACUAUAAUGCUGCCUUAAUAACUAAGCUGUGUCUGUAGUUGUUCAGCCUAAAGUGACCCCUCACUGUUAAGCUGCAAGUCUUUUUUGCUGUUCAGAUAAAUAACAAUUUCUGGUACAAUAGUAUUUCUCACUGUUUGGAAGUCUUGACUUAGUGUUAACUACUGAAUCACUAGUAAUUGAGUGUGUCGGGUUGAUAAAGAUUGCACAUGUCCAGUAGUUUUCUUCCAUUAGAGAGACUCUAAGCACUUAAAGCUUCAAACUCUGCAUUAUCUUGUCAAUGUGAAACAACAGUCAAUAAAGGAGACAAAGUUACAA